AUGCGCCUGACAUUAAUUGCAUGUGCUGUCGUUACAGUUGUCUCGGCAGUAAGCAUUAGAGAGCGAGAGCAAAGAAACACUACAUACAAUGUUGUCUCACUUGAAGGUGGCGGGGGUGGUGAACAACAAGAUGUGAGCGUCAUAGUCGACAAUAAAACGUACCCUCUCGUACCUUCAGAAGAGAUCCCAAUCCUCUACACAGGAUCUGCACCAGUUGCAACAAAUGGCUACAGCUAUGCCAUUAGCAGCGGACAAAACAACACAAAAGUCGAACCUUUUACUCGAAAUCCAACCAAUGAGCCUGCUACUCCAAAUGAAACCUUUGGCCGCUCAUGGAACACUAAAAAUAUUUCAAAACUUGAGCCUGUCUACCCACAUAUCAGAGCCAUGGACCGCCUGGAAACCCCUAUACACAUCGAUGGAGAGAUUCCUACGAUAUAUAUCUCUGGAAACCAGACUGAUUUUGACUACAUGCAUGAAAAUGUAUUUGAUGAAAUUACUGUCAAAGCAAACUUUUCAUACAUUAGUCCCAAAGAUACUCAAGUCAUCAAUAACAUUGAUUUCGAGUUAGCUGGACGUAGCUCACGUUGGUUCCCAAAGGUCUCUUACAACAUCAAACUAAAGAAGGAUGAAGAAGACGAAUUAUAUAACUAUCGACGUCUUAAGCUACGUGCUCUCCCCAACGACGACUCUUAUCUUCGUGAAAAGCUUGGCUAUGAUGUGAUCGAGGCAGUUGGUCUUGCCACAACCAAAUUCUCUUUUGUCAGAGUUGUUCUCAAUGACCAGCCUCUUGGAUUAUAUGGUCUCAUCGAAACUUUCAAGGACCCUUGGCUUCAAAAUGAGUUUGCUCACGGAGAUGAAAACUAUGAAAACGGUCCGCUGUAUCAAGGAAGCUACCUUUCUCCUGUGUCUUCCCGUGAAGGUCUGAUUUCGGAUCUUUCAUACUAUGGAGACAAUAUUACCAAGUACGAGCUUGGACAAUACAAGAUCAAGGAAGAUCCAGCAAAGGGCGAGCCUUCCUUCCAGCUCCUGAUGGACUUUACAAAGUUUAUUUCCGAGGCACCGACAAACACCUCUGAUGCUGUAGAGGUAUGGCAAAAGACCUUUGACACAGACAGUUUCCUCCGCAGUAUGGCUCUCGAAGUCCUUCUUGGUUUCUCGGAUGGAUAUGCAGCCACGGCAGAUAACUAUUAUAUUUACUAUGAGCCCAAUUCAUCCCGGUACAUCUACAUACCAUCCGAUAUUGACAUGACUUUUGGUUCUGGAUACUUGAACUUCUCUGCUAUGACAAGUGGCAAUUACUCUACUUUCCCUGGAUUAUACUCACGACCACUGAUUACCAAGAUGUUGCAAGUUCCUGGCUUCAAGACCCAAUUUGAGGACAUGUUACUCGAGAUUACUCAAAAGUUAUUUAAUCCCGAGAAACUCAACCCACAUAUCGACCAAUUGGCUGAAAUGAUUGCGGUUGAUGUCGAGUGGGACAAGACUCUUCCCCGGGUCUCCAAAAACCUUUUCUUCGCUGGUGCCGAGAAUCAGGGUCUUGUAGAUAUGGUGCCUUCCAAUAUGGACAGGAAUACUGCACUGGACUUUUACCAUAGAAUCGGAAACCCUGUUCCGUUAGAGGUUGCUAUUGAAGGUCCUACUGGUUACAUUUCUUUGCCUGGCCUCAAAGAGUUUAUUAAGAUCCAGAGCGAGAACACAUUGAACUUUUUCAACAAGAAGAAUCCAUAG